AUGUCAAGCAGGGAGGAGGUGGCGGCGCUUAUGGCCCACGGCGACGACAAGGCGAAGAUAUCGCUCUUGAAGAAGGCUGUUGUUAGCGUGACGAAGGAGAAGCAGAUUCUUGAGCAGCACAAUAAGCAGCUGCAAGAACAGAUGGCUGCAAUUGGGGAAGAGUUGGCACGUGUGCAGGAUGAGAACGAGGCACUCCGCAGAAAACUCAGUGCGGCGGAGGCGGCGACGGCGGCGGAACGAAAACGUGGGCAUUUUGCUGCGUCCAUGAAAACGACGUUGAAGGGCCUUUCUUCGCUUGUGACGGGCACUGAUGGAGAAGAAGGGGGAACUGCAUCAAGGCGACCAAAGGCUUCUGAGCUGCCUCUGAAGUUGUCGCAGGAAGAUCAGGAAAAAUUAGUCACGCAAAAUGAAGCUAUUCAUAUGCAACUGUUUGAUUUGAAAAAAAAGUAUGAAGAUGAGGGGGAAAUGUGGAGGAAGGAAAGAGAACGGCGGUCCUCUGAAUGCGCCGCAAUGCAUGAAGAAGUAACGGAGCUGCGAAGUAUUCUAGAAUCCACAGCCCAUUCCUGCGACCAGCUCAAUGCGGAGUGCACCAGGCAAGCGGCAUUGGUGCAGUUUUGCCAUCACUUUUUUGUAUUGUCAUGGGACAACGCCGAAAACGCACACCACCACCACCAGCAGCAGCUUCAUGUUGCUAUGGCGCCUUCCUUGACGACGGAACGAGGGGGCGUCCCACCGCGUGAGGUCCGAGAGGAAUUGGCGACCGGCACAUUAACGGGUGUUGCUGCUUUUAUUCGCACGUUGAUGAGUGCCGUUUCCGUUCUUGUGGCUUCACUCCGCGAUUCUUUUAGCACACAAAUGAAUGGCAUUACAAUAAGUGAAGUGCGGUGCUACCGAGAGCGACUUAGCACGCUACUUGAGGUACAUGGUGUGCAAAAAACGACCCUGCUUUUUCAUGUGAAGGAACUGGAGGAUGCAUUUACUGCGUCGGCUACACCAGACGAAAAACUAACACAAAUACGCCGUCUCCAAGGGGUCCUUAUCUCAGCCUUUAUCAACUGGUUAGGGAUGAUUUGUGAGAACAUCCGACUUCUUGUGGACGCAUGUAAAAAAGCGGGCAGCCACGAUCCUAAUGAGCACAGAAAAGAGAUACAGGCGGUUGUUGAGUCAACUACUCUUGGUGCAGUCGGCACAAUUGCUGCUAUUCGCGGUUCUCUCGAGGCGCUACAUCAACUCUGUGAGAAUUCUUGCAGUUUGUUCAAACAGCAGGGUUGUGAAUCGGCGGAGUGGCUCUUAGCGCUGGAACGGUUUUGGUGGGAAGGCUGUGGUGCUUCCCGGUCGAUGCGGAGGGCAGUGGAGUCGCUCCGAAAUCAACUGCGAGAUAUUUCGAUGUCUAGCGCAAAUAGUGACCACGUGCGGGCGGCCCUGCAAUUUAUGUGUAAUUCACUGGAAAAUUUUGCAGCGCGUGCCUGGUGUGCCACGAAGGAUGUUGGGCUUCAGCCAACAACAAGCGUGCCGCACGUUUCUCCAUCAGUGGAUCUUCCUUCCAAUACCACCAAUCCUUGCGAUUUUGCCUCUGCAGACAACAGAGAGCUGGUGGCGGCGUUGGCUGCGACGGAUCUUGCCGCAGUGUGCUAUCAUACUCAAAUGAACUAUACGUUGUUGGAGUUGGCUGAGAAACAGGAUGCAUUAGCAGACGCCCAACGAGAGAUAGAGCGGCUGCUGUCUCUCAACCAACAACAGGCAGAAGAUGCCGAGCGCGUGCGUGAGGUUUUGGAGACGCAAAUUCGUCUGUUGUCGGAUCAAAUAGUGGAGUGCGCGAACAGAAAUGGCGGCAGAAACAACUGGUGA